AUGAGUGAACCAGCAGAUUUCUACGCCCGUUUGGGGGUUAGUAAGGAUGCUCCCGCUGAUGAGAUCAGGAAGGCGUACAGGAAGCUUGCUCUGAAGUGGCACCCGGAUAAGAACCCGAACAACCGAGAAGAGGCGGAAACGAAAUUCAAAGAGCUUGCAGAAGCUUACGACUGUCUAUCAGACCCAGACAAGCGUCGUCGAUACGACUUGUACGGUCCAGAAGGCGGUGCCCGCACGACAUCAUCUAACAAUGGAGGGCGUCAUGGCUCCGGUGGAUUUGGAGGAUUUGGAGGAUUUGGAGGCCCUCACUCGCAACGAGUGUUCUUUACCGACCCGUUCGCAGGCGACGAGGCCUUCGGCAACGACAUGCGCUUUACCUUUGACCAUGCCCGACGCAUUUUCGAAAACGUCUUUGGAACUUCGGACCCAUUUAGAGUCUUUGAGGAGGAUCCUUUCUUUAACGGCGCCGCAAGCUCCGGCUUCGGCGGCAACUCCGGCUUCGGCAACUCAGGCUUCGGCGGAUUCGGAGGCCUCGGUCUACUACGCACAGGUACGAGAUUCAACAACAGAAGAGGGUGGUUUGGUGACCCCUUUGGUGAUCCGUUUGGCAGUCCGUUCGGUAGUCCGUUUAGUGGCUUGCGCUCAGCUCUGGACCACCUUUCAGGCUUUCAGGCAAGAGCUUUCGACAACGCGGACGAUGACGUGUUCCGAUCUUUCGAACGCUGCUUCAGUGCCGGUCCUGCUUUCGGCGGAGGUUUCUCCAUGGCCAGUAGUUCGUCGAGUACGAUGCAGCGCGGUCCGAACGGCGAGAGCGUGACGGUGACGACGAGGACGACAAAAGACCAUACCGGACAGACACGCACUGAAACAGAGCGAGUGGUCCAACACCCCGACGGCCGCGUAGAGCGCACUCUAUCCUCGGGUGGUUCGCCGGCUUCUCGCCGUCUGAACGACGCCAGCCCGCCGGCUAAGGGCCAGGUAACUCGCGGCCAGGUAUCUCACAGCCAGGUAGCUCGCGGCAAUCCCGCGAUUAGCAACCUGGCCUACCAGAAUAACACAGCGUCUGACAGGUACCGAAGCAGCGGCUCUGCCGGUAGCGACAGGUACCAGACUAACGACCGAUACAGGAGCCGUGGGACUGACGGUCAUGGGACUGACAGUCAUGUGGCUAACAGUCGUGGGACUGAAAGAUACCAAAGCCGUGGCUCUGCAGGUCCGGGGUUUGAGGGGUACGCAAACGGUCAUCAAAGUGGCAGCGACGAACGCGGCAGUGCGCAGUCAUGGCUGCACAGGGCCCAGUCGGACAAGUCGCCCGGAGUGGCCCGUAGCAGACCAGCACGUAAGGGGUUCUAA